AAAUAAGAAAUCGCCACCAAACAAACAAACCAACCAAUAUCGGAAAACAUGGAUUCCGGCGAUGAAAAAACAGAUAGAGAGGAACAAGAAGAAGCAUUGAUAGCUUUGAUCGAACAUCGCGCCAAAGAAGUUGAUCACCUCCGUACACGUGUCGCUUAUUACACCUCUGAGCUUAAAGAAUCUGAAAAGAGAUUAGAGGAAACACAACGAAAGUUGGCACGCCUUAGAGGUCGAGGCAAUGCUGUAGAAUCUACAAAUGUAUCCCAAAAUGGUGUAAAAGUUAAAGAAGAGAGGAGAUCUAGUAGUCCUGUAAGGAUCAGUCAACAUACUUUAUCAAAUCAUGGCGAGAGAGAUAGUGGGAACUCCUCGAAAAGCUACAUACCAGAUCAUCAUAGAAAUGCAAAACACGAAAAUCGACCAAAGCUUGUAAUUCCUGCGAUAAAACCAAAAUCAUCCGCACCUAUCAAGAUGGCAGAAAGCGGCAGUAAAUCAGUUUCAAAAUAUGACAGAAGCAUUGUGACAGAAAAAGGAAAUAGAAUUCCACCCGAACUGGAAAAUGUUGAUGCUCAAUCCAGAGGAACAAAAAGGAAAUUUGAGCAGCGAGAACAUAAAGAUCUAAUUCAGAUGGUAUGUAAUUCAUCUUCAUCACAUACAAUCAAUUGCCAGACAUCCAACCAUAUCCCAUCUCAGCAUAAGAGAAAGUUGAGAAGUCUUGCCUUGUGUCCUACAAAUGACCAGCUUUUUGUAACUAGUGCUCUGGAUGGACUGGUCAAUCUAUGGGAAAUUAAUGCUAGAGGGGACAGAUCAAGUGCAACUCUGCUUAGUACAGCUGAUUGUGGAUCUGAUAAGAAUAGAAGAUGGCCAGAAGAUAUAGCCUGGCAUCCUCAUGGUGGCAGCUUGUUCUCUGUCUACAGUGCUGAUGGUGGGGAUUCUCAGAUAGGAGUCCUUAACCUUAAUAAAGGAAAAAAGAAAAAUCGUGUAACUUUCCUUGAAGAUAAACCACACAUUAAGGGUAUUAUCAACAACAUAGCGUUCAUGCCGUGGGAAGAUGUUUGUUUUGUUACUGGUGGAAGUGAUCAUGCUGUUGUUCAAUGGACUGACAAACAUGGUGAGGAUUAUUGGAAACCUAAAGUAUUGCAUAGAAGUAUGCAUUCUUCAGCUGUAAUGGGAGUUGCCGGGAUGCAGCAAAAGCAGAUGGUGGUAUCUGUUGGUGCAGACAAGAGGAUUAUUGGAUUUGAUCUACAAACUGGAAGAGCCGACUACAAGCAUCAGAUAGAAAGCAAGUGUAUGAGUGUUCUACCAAAUCCUUGUGACUUCAAUCUUUUCAUGGUCCAGACCAGCACUCCAGAAAGGCAACUCCGAUUAUUUGAUAUCAGAUUAAGGCAGACAGAAAUCCACGAGUUCGGUUGGAAGCAAGAAAGUAGCGAGUCGCAAUCCGCCUUGAUCAACCAGGCAUGGUCGCCAGAUGGUUUCUACCUGACCUCUGGUUCAGCAGAUCCUAUGUUUCACAUUUUUGACAUAAGGUUUAAUGCUAACAAACCCUCCCAAUCAAUCAAAGCUCACCAAAAACGAGUGUUCAAAGCUGCGUGGCAUCACACUCUCCCUCUUCUCAUUUCCAUAUCCUCUGAUCUUAACAUUGGUCUGCACAAAAUCGCAUAAAACCAAAAGCCGAUGCCCCUAAUUUCAUUUUGCUCCCCACAUUCGUGAUUUUUGACCACAAACUGCUCUGUUUUCUGCGGCUUUCCCAUCUUCUUGCUAAGAUGUUUGUUAGGACCUUGUGUUGUUGGUUCUUAACUGUUUAGUUAGGAAAGUUUUGGUUUCCAGAAUGUUAUUUUGAAGUAGUUUUGGUAGUGGAAGAGUGAAAAAAUCCACAUGUGACACGAGAAGAGCACAUUUUUGUUAUCUGAGCUUGUAAAUGUUAUGCUUGUGCUAAAUGAUGGCAUUCACAAC